AGGAAGCGACGGCGGUAGGACUAGUUUCUGUGCUCCCGGUACCGCUCCUGGUCCACGUCUCAUUUCCAUCCCAUUCUGCUCCGGCCCGGCAGCACCAUGAGGGAGAUUGUCCACAUUCAGGCGGGGCAAUGCGGCAACCAGAUCGGCGCCAAGUUCUGGGAGGUGAUCAGCGACGAGCACGGCAUCGACCCCAGCGGCAACUACAUGGGUGACUCGGACCUGCAGCUGGAACGCAUCAGCGUCUACUACAAUGAGGCCUCUUCUCACAAGUAUGUGCCUCGCGCCAUCCUGGUGGACCUGGAGCCAGGGACGAUGGACAGUGUGCGCUCCGGUGCCUUUGGCCACCUCUUCCGCCCUGACAACUUCAUCUUUGCCUCAGAUCUUGCCAAUGUCACUGCUGGCAGUGCCCUAUCAUCCCAACAGAGAAUGAACUUUGAAAGAACCAGACGAGUUCUGUGGCAGAGGAAUGAUCAGCAUCAUCAGGCAACGAUCCAACACUGCACACAGUUUCUCCUGCCCCAAAACACUGUUACGAGAAAUGGAACCUGCCAUCAUGGACCAAAUGGACUCAACAGCUUUAUAGGAAUUGAUCCAUGCACUAAGGAAUGAUCUCUCUCUGUCUGUGUGUGUAUGCAGAUGUAUAUAUGUAAGAGCCAUGGUAUAUUGAAAAUGUGGGAUCUGAGCAUGACAUGAAUGGUAU